CACAUUUGAAAAACAAUCAAUGUGGAAGAAUGGUAAUAAUAACAUUGUCAGUAAAAUAUAAACAAAAUAAAAACGUUGAUUAAAGCUGAAAAUUAUAAGUAAACGGAGAUGUGCGCUGCUCUAAAAGAUGAAAGCAAAAUUGUGGAUGCGAAAACCUUUGUUUCUGCAAAUCUGGAUGUUGCUAUUAUGAAUAAGGACUUAUUAAUGAAAGAUGGUCUUAUUGUAACACAAUUUAUAAAAGAUGAAAUAUUUGAAACAAGCACAGAUAAUUUAUUGUCCCAAAAUGGAGAGUUCAUUUUUAAUAUGCCAGAAAAUCAUGCUGUUAAAAUUGAACCAGAGACAAUUGGUAUUAUAGCCGAUCAAUCAUUGUUCGAAAGCGACACUGCAGUAAAAAUAACAAUCAAAAAUAAAAGUAAACCACCUACACAGCAAUUAUUAAGAAAUAAACCACCUUUGAAGCGGCUUAAAAGAGAAAGAUGUCUUAAUUGUGAUAUUUGUGGUAAAAAAUUUUCCUCAUUGGGUUCGUUGAAAGGCCAUCUUCGCUCGCACACUGGUGAAAAACCUUUCACUUGCACAAAAUGCAAUCAGAAUUUCCGUAGUAAUGGUUCUCUUAAACGUCAUAUGACAAGACAUACUGGUGAAAAACUCUACGCAUGCACUAAAUGUAAACAAUGUUUUGCGCGUAAAGAAGGUCUUGAGUGUCAUGUCAGACGACAUACUGGUGAAAAACCCUAUAAAUGUAUUACUUGUAAUAAAGGCUUCGCUGUGAAGACACAACUCAAUUUUCAUAUGAAACAACACACUGGUGAAAAACCUUUUACAUGCGUCAAAUGUAAAAAAAUCUUUACUUCCAACAAAAGACUCGAUAAUCAUAUGAAGCGGCAUACUGAUGAAAAACUCUACCAAUGCCUUGAAUGUAAUGAAAGUUUUUCCACUCAGAACUCUUUCAAUCUUCAUAUGUGGCAACAUACUGGUGAAAACCCAUACAAAUGUACUGAAUGUAAACGAUGUUUUCGGCGCAAAGAUGGGCUCGAUAUUCAUAUGAGAACACAUACCGGUGAAAAGCUCUACACAUGCACUGAAUGUAAACAAAGUUUUACCCGUAAGGAGGGACUAAAUGUUCAUAUGAGGCGACAUACUGGUGAGAAGCCCUUUUCGUGCAAGCAAUGUAAUCAAAGUUUCUCUCUUAAGAGCUCACUUAAGCGCCACAUAACGAUACAUACUGGAGAAAAACUCUACGCAUGCACUGAAUGUGAUCAAAGUUUUUCUAUUAAAAAUUCACUAAAACUUCACAUGAGACGACAUACUGGUGAAAAACCAUACAAAUGCACUGAAUGUACAGAAAGUUUUCCUCGUAAAGAUGCACUCGAUAUUCAUAUGAGGCGACAUACUGGUGAAAAACUCUACACAUGUAUUGAAUGUAAACAAAGUUUCACUCGUAAGGGGGGACUGGAUGUGCAUAUGAGACGACAUACUGGAGAAAAACCUUACUCAUGCAAGGAAUGUGGUCAAAAUUUUUCUAUAAAGAGCUCGCUUAAACGUCAUAUGGCAAAACAUACUGGUGAGAAACUCUACUCAUGCACUGAAUGUGAUCAAAGUUUCACUAUUAAGAACUCACUUAAUGUCCACAUGAGGCGUCAUACUGGUGAAAAGCCAUACAAAUGCACUGAGUGUAAAGAAUGUUUUCUUCGUAAAGAAGGACUCGAUAUUCAUAUGAGGGAACAUACCGGGGAAAAACCCUACACAUGCACUGAAUGUAAACAAAGUUUCACUCGUAAGGAGGGACUUGAUGUUCAUGUGAGGCGACAUACUGGUGAGAAACCGCAUUCAUGCACUGAAUGUGGUAAAAGUUUUGUUAGUAAAGAAGAACUCAAGAUACAUAUGAGGCGACAUACUGGUGAGAAACCUUACUCAUGUACGAAAUGUAAUAAAAAAUUUGUUGCUAAGAUAGGACUCAAUCUUCAUAUGAAACGACAUAUUGGUGAAAAGUCACACGUUUGCCUUGAAUGUGGAAAACGUUUUAUGCUCGCCUUUGAGCUACGUUAUCAUAGUAAAAUUCAUGUAUUUCUGUUCACAUGUGCUCAAUGUGGAAAAAAAUUCAAAACUAAUAAGAAACUUAAACAGCAUAUCGGAAUUCAUGCAUGUGAAGACACACAAAAAAAGAUGGCCCAGAAGUAUAAAUUCAAGUGCAAGGAGUGCACUGCCAUGUAUGCGACAGAGGAAGAACUUAAAAAUCAUUUUGAUGUUGGUUUUCAUAUAGAUGAAUAUCCCAGCAGCAGCCUUAGAGAAGCAAUUACGGAGAAAAUAUUGUCAGAAAAUGAAGUGCCUAAUUCAAUAGAAAAUAAAAGUAUAAAGAUGGAGUCGAAUAUUACAGGUGAUCAAACAUCAAUUGAAGAUGAAGUUGUUGUUGAGCAAUUUAUAAAAAAUGAAGUACCUGAAAUAAGUACAGAGGAAUUGUUAUUAGAAAACGAAGUAUAUACUAUUACAAUGUUAGAAAAUGAGAGUAUAAGAAUGAGGCCUGACCAAAUUCCGUUUAAAGAUUGCGUUACAAAACAACAACGUAUAACAGAAGAAGCAAUUGAAACAAGUACAAACCAAUUAUUAUUAGAACAUGAAGAAACCUCUAGACUUGAAAAAAUUAAUCUAAAAAUCGAACCAAAUUUUACUGUUCGUGAACCUAAACUUGAUGAUAUUACAGAUGAACAAGAAUUUAUAAAAAAUGAAGUACAGUAUGACCUCGAUUAUAAUAUGAAGCCUAAAGUUACUGUUCCUGAAUGUCUGAAUGGUUCCAUCACAAAUGAUCGUACAUCAAUUGAAAAUGAUAUCAUUGCUCAACAAUUUAUUAAGAAUGUAGUAUCUAAAACAAGUACAGAAAACGAAGAGUACUCUGUUAUAACAUUAGAGAAUUAUACCAUAAAAACGGAACCGGAAACUAAUGUUUCUGAAACUCUAGUUAGUGGUAUUGUAGAUGAUCGAUCAUGUCUCGGAAUUGGCGAUAAAGUAACUGAACCAACCACAAAGCCAUUAUUAAAAAAUAAUUCUGUUUCAAAAAAACAUAAACGUACACAUAAAAAAGACAGACAUUUUAAUUGUGAUAUUUGUGGGAAUACGUUUUCUUCACUGAGUGCGUUGACAGUGCAUCGCCGCUCUCACACUGGAGAAAAACCAUACUCAUGCACUAAAUGUAAUCAAACUUUUUCUAAUAAGAGCGCACUUGACUAUCAUAUGAAGUUACAUACAGGUGAAAAGCCUUACACAUGCCCUCAAUGUGAAAAAAGUUUUGCUGUUAAAAAAGAUCUUAAUCGUCAUAUAAAAGGACAUACUGGUGAAAAACCUUACACAUGCACUGAAUGUAAACAAUGUUUUGCUCGUAAGGAAACACUGAAACGACAUAUGAGACGACAUACUGGUGAAAAACCAUACACAUGCACUGAAUGUAGCAAAGGUUUUUCCGCUAAGAACUCGCUUAAUCUUCACAUGAGGCAACAUACUGGUGAAAAGCCAUACACAUGCACUAAGUGUGAAGAAUGUUUUCUUCGUAAAGAUCGACUCAAUAUUCAUAUGAGGGAACAUACCGGGGAAAAACCCUACACAUGCACUGAAUGUAAACAAAGUUUCACUCGUAAGGAGAGACUUGAAAUCCAUGUGAGGCGACAUACUGGUGAGAAACCGCAUUCAUGCACUGAAUGUGGUAAAAGUUUUGUUAGUAAAGAAGAACUCAAGAUACAUAUGAGGCGACAUACUGGUGAGAAACCUUACUCAUGUACGAAAUGUAAUAAAAAAUUUGUUGCUAAGAUAGGACUUAAUCUUCACAUGAAACGACAUAUUGGUGAAAAGCCACACGUUUGCCUUGAAUGUGGAAAACGUUUUAUGCUCGCCUUUGAGCUACGUUAUCACAGUAAAACUCAUUUACGACUAUUUGCUUGCGAUGAAUGUGACGAAAAAUUCAAAACAAAUAAAAAACUUUUAAAACAUAUCAGAAUUCAUUCAUCUGUAAGAAAGCGGGAAAACAAAGCCCAGAAGCAUAAAUUCAAAUUCAUGGAAUGCAAUGUGGCAGAGGAAGAACUUAAAAAUCAUUACGACAGGGGAGAUCAUAUAAGUGAGAUCUUUGUAAAAAUAUAAUAUAUAAGUAUUUUGAGAAGCAAUUAUUAAUUCUUUGUUUAAAAAUUGCGUUGCUACUGUGACUUUUAAUACGUAUAACCUUACAUGACAAUUUAUCUUUUGAAUGGGUUGCUUACUACGGGGAUCUAUGUUUCAAAAGAAAACUAUUUUAUUUUGAAACUAUAUUUAGCUUGACACUACAACAAAGAAUUUUCUUUUGUGUUUUUAGGCUUUAAUGA